AGGGAGUACCGCGGCGAGCAUGAGGCUCGCGGCAAACGCGGCGGCGGCCUCAGCCCCGAACGAGCGCUGCCCCCGGCGCCCCCCGGCCCGGAGCCGCCCUCCAGCGGGAGAGCCCUUCCAGCUGCGGCACUGCUGAGGCAGGGAACCUCCGCGAGAAGUGUCGCCUCCGCCGCCGCCCUUAGAGCCGGUCCCUUUCGCCAGGAGCGAGAAGAGGCUGAGGCUGGGAGAGGAGCAAAUUGCAGGGGAAGGUAGAGAUUGUGGCAAACUUUCUAGCUGCUUCUGCGUGCUGCUGCCUCACUGGUGGGAGUGUCUGCCCGUAAGGAGCUGCAGAGCCCAAACCCAGGAGCCCUGAGGCUCCAAAAACGACUCCAGCCGCCUUUGGAGGACGAUCUGCCAGCAGUGCAAGAUUUUGCAUAUACGGCUGAGUAGAUUAUUCAGCUCUAGAAGAAAGAUUUGUCUUCACAAAUCCCUUUGAAAGCACAAUGGAUGCAUUUUAGAGUUCUACAGAAGUCAUCUAGGAACAAGAACAUUGGACUUUGAGGAAUAACAGAGUUCAGAGAGCCCAGAAAUUGGUCACUAAUAAAGCCUCUUUGGCCAUACAGCUUGGAAAUGAAUACCAUUGAGACAGCAAAGCUUGAAGAGCACAUGGAGGGUCAGCCAAAUGAGACUUCCAAUGGCUACUCACAACCUACUCUCUCAGUCAGUGAAGAGAACAAAAAUGGCACUAGCAAACCAAAGGGCUUGUCUAAUGGCUUGCGAAAAACAGCAAAGAAGUAUCCUGAUUACAUCCAGAUUGCUAUGCCUGCUGAAUCUAGGAACAAAUUCCCUCUGGAAUGGUGGAAAACAGGCAUUGCCUUUGUCUAUGCGCUCUUCAACUUGAUUUUAACAACUGUCAUGAUCACUGUGGUCCAUGAGAGAGUACCUCCAAAGGAGCUAAGCCCUCCCUUGCCUGACAAAUUUUUUGAUUACAUUGAUCGUGUGAAAUGGGCUUUUUCUGUAUCAGAAAUAAAUGGAAUGAUACUACUUGGAUUAUGGAUAUUCCAGUGGUUAUUUCUUAGAUACAAAUCAAUAGUGGGACGCAGGUUCUUUUUUAUAAUGGGAACUUUGUAUCUAUACCGCUGUAUUACCAUGUACGUUACCACCUUACCUGUGCCUGGAAUGCAUUUUCAGUGUGCACCAAAGUUGAAUGGAGACUCUCAGGCAAAGGUUCAGAGAAUCCUGCGACUGAUUUCUGGUGGUGGUCUGUCCAUAACUGGAUCCCACAUCCUGUGUGGAGACUUCCUGUUUAGUGGACACACUGUAGUAUUAACGCUGGUCUAUCUGUUCAUCAAAGAGUAUUCACCACGUAAUUUCUGGUGGUAUCACUUGAUCUGCUGGCUGAUGAGUGCUGCUGGCAUCAUUUGUAUCCUGGUUGCUCAUGAACACUACACCGUAGAUGUCAUCAUUGCCUACUAUAUCACCACACGGCUCUUCUGGUGGUACCACUCCAUGGCUAAUGAAAAGACUUUAAAGGUGUCUUCGCAGACGAAUUUUCUCUCUCGAGCAUGGUGGUAUCCAAUAUUUUAUUUCUUCGAGAGGAAUGUGCAAGGCUCUGUUCCUUGCAGUUUUUCCUGGCCAAUAUCUUGGCCUCCCAGCUGCUUCAAAUCUUCAUGCAAAAAGUAUUCACGGGUUCAGAAGACAGGAGAGGACAAUGAAAAAUCUACCUGAAGAAAAGAAGGAAAGCAUCUGCUCUGGUUUUUUCAUUUUUGAUUUUUUUUUUUUACCAAAACAUUAAUGCUGUAACCAAAGUUCUUAAGAAGACUGUAACUGAAGAAGUGGACCAAGCUUCUGUGCAAUUGAUGAAAAGACAAUUGUAGACACAUAUAUUGCAUUUCAGAUGUUUUCUUCUCAUCUGGCUGUACAGACCUAUUCUACUCUUCAGUGCUGAUGAAAAGCACCACUGAUGGGAUUUUUUUUUUAAUUAAAGGAAAAAAUGGAGCAGGAUUGUGCUUUAUUAAUGAGAUAGAGGUGCCAAAGACCACAGUAACACUUCCAUUACUAUCACUCAUCUCUCACUCAUCCACAGAAGCACCCAAAAGUCUCCUCUUCAGAGCUCUGCAGUGCAUAAGGGCAAAAACAUGCUAACAUGUAAAUGCACGAUAUUGGCAUACUGAGGUGUAUAAAAAAAUAACACAAUUGUGGGAAGUGGUUUGUUGCAUUAUUCUUGUACUGAAGUUCAGGCCUUUGUGUGACUGGUACAGCUGGAAGCAAGUCUGGCUUUUUUACACACUGUGGGUAUGAAUAUCUUAGGACCCUAAAAUACUACUUACCACUGUUAACUCCCAUGUAUUCUACUAUAUACCAAUUUUUACAUUUUUAUUAGUAAUUUUAUAUUUAAAUAGUUGUUACCUGAUGAAUUUGCAAAUUAGAAACAGCUGCUAGCUCAAGGAGCCUAAAAUUUUAUUUUUAGUAAGAGACAGUUUCAACAUCUGAAUCUUGAAUUACAACUGGCCUUGUGUAUAUAGCUCUACAGUGCCUGUCAGUGUAUAUAGAUGCAGAUAUACACAAAAGCACAUACCUUAAACAAAAUUACUUACUGGGAAGAGUAAUCCUAGAGUUCUUGGUGCAGGCAGAAGUUGUACAGCUCUCACCUGCUUGAGGAAUGCAAGGCCAGGUCCAAAAUGGGGCUACAUUUAAAAUAAACAUUUUAAUUUUAGUAGCAAUCUCUUGCUGAAGCUAUGUAGCAGGUUUGCUUGGGAGCCAUAGUUCUCCAGUGAAUUUCUGUCUUUUACCUCUUGACACAUGUUUCUGUGACUUACUUUAAAAAAACAACCAAACAAAAAAGUGCUAAGAUAAAAUAUCUACAACAGCAGCAUUUCUUCAAUUACAACAUAACAUAAUUUCAUAUUAAAUGACACUGUGGUAGGCCUCAAAAAUAAUUACCUUUUUUUCCCAGGGCUGCAGUCCAGCUAAAAUGGCUAUCUAAACAAGUUGGCUGAGAAUGGGGGAAACUACCAUGGGGUGAACAUGUAACAAAACCACAGAUUAACAGCUGCCUGUUUCUUGUUGGUUUGUUGUUUUGUAUUGUUGUGAAAGCAAAGUAGAAAAUUAGCACACCAUGUUUAGCCAUUUAUAUUCUGUAUUAAUUUCUGCAGUUAACUCAAUAUUAUUUUCAGAUACUCACUAAAACCUAAUGAAAAGAUAAAACUGCAUUGUGUUGAGGUGAUACUAAUAUAAAUGAAAUGCUGCAUAUUUUAAGAAUGUCUUGAACUGAGUGACAAGUGUGAACACAAUUUAAAUAAUGACAACUUUUUAAAAAGUCCAGAGUUAGUUAUAAAAUGAAAUACAGAGUAUUCAAAUAUAAUAAUUUUCAGUUAAGGGGAUCUUUUCUCUGAGUUGUAUAUGAGAAUAUUUUUGUGCAUUUCAAAUAUUUUUGUGCAUUAUCAAAAUAAUACAAUAAAAAGUGUUCCUUUCAAUACAUCUUUGGAAAAACUUAGUUAAGAAAGAAAUUCUGCUGUGGUUUGGUUGUGUUAUUUAAAAUGAGUUUAGCAGCCUCUGAUAAUGUGCCCCUCAAGUUGUGUGUAUAUGGGCAUACCUGUGCUUUCAUUUGCUUGCUUCUAGCAGACCUUGAACAGCUCCAAAGCCAGUAUCAAAAAACUUUUGAAAAUCCUUUUUCUCUGUGAUACAAAUGAAUCUGUUCAACACCAGUCAGUAGAUCUCCCAAGAUACUUGUUAUAUUGGUACUACUUCAUAGGUCAUCAUUUUUAAAGCUAAAAGCUAAGCUUUGUGAUACCUUAAAUAUGGUCAUGUUAAUCCACUUGUAGUAAUGCUAUCUUUUAGGAGUUAUGAAAGGAUUUCUUUGGUAGUCACUGUGCCUUGAAAAUAGCAUGAUGAAGAGCAUUACCUAAGGAGCUUAGAGUGGUUUUCAUCUGUUGGCUGAAAAAUAAAUACUUUGACAGUGGGUUUUCUGUAAUAGAUCUGCAAAGUA